ACGUGUGUGUGAGCGACUCUACAGACACUUCUGCUGGUGUGGCCGCUUGAAACAACUUCUACCACAAACAGUAUAUCAACUGUUACGUGAUAGUCACCUGCGAUUUUAAAAGAAAUACUGCUAUCUGCAGUGAUCGUCUAGCAAUACCCCAAAAUAUCAUUGAGCUUUCAACAAUUUAGUUUUACUGCAAUUUCAUUUGUGGUAAUACUUGUGUACUAAACACUACAGCGUUAACAUAAGAGCCUGUGUAAAUCACACAACAAGCAAGCUAUUGUCUGUUCUGCCCUGGUGGAGGUUUGUGUGGUUCUGGCAGUCAUGAAGCAGGGGCGUCCUACACUCCUCUCCCUAUUGCUUGUCCUUCUUCUGAUUCUGUUGGGUGCUCACUCCAGCUUGACCAGCAAACAAGACGGAAGCAAUUAUCUAGAAAAAGGUAGAUGGGACAUGGGAAGAUAUGAGAGGGAGAGGAUCAGAACUGAAGACACCCAGGACAGAGACUCUAAGAGGAAGGGUUCGAUAACACAGCGGCUUGACGAACACCGAAAGGAUGAAGUGAAAGAAAGAGAUGUUUUAGAAAUAAAAGAAAAAAAUACUGAAAACAACAGAUCAAAGAAAUUGGAUAAGAGAGAAAAUGAAAGAAACUCAAGAAAGGGGAGUUUAAAGCUGAAAGAAGGUGUAGACAAAAAUAAGUACUUAAAACACAAGAGUUGGGCAACAGAAGUUAAACGUUCUAUGACAAAGAACAAGGGAAGUGAAAAAUCUAAGAAAAUUACGGAAGAAAUAAAUUCAUCUAGAAAAACGAAAGAAAAAAUGAACGUCAUACAAAAAGAUUAUGACAAACACAAGAAAGAAAGAGGGAAAAGUGUCCUUGGGGAAUCUACAUUCAAACAGAACUUAAAAGAUUCUAAAAGGGAGAACGCCCUGUUUAAAAAUUCUGGAAAAGUGAAAAAUGCUAGAAACUCUGAGAAGAAAGAAAACAAAAUCGGGAAAUCGGAAAAGGAUGAAAUUAUUGACAAAUCUAAAAAAAUAAAAAAUGAAAAUAAAUUUGGGAAGGCAAACACUCUGGAAUCCGAGGGCGAGGAAAGCAUUGAUAAGAAAUCUGGAAAUUCAAAUAUAUAUAGGGGAAAAAUUAACAAAAUAAAGAAAUCUGAAGAAAAAGAAAGCAUUAACCCAAAAAAAGGAAAAGAGAGAAGUUAUACAAAAGCAACGGCAAAUACGAAACACAUCAGUAAGCCUGAACAGAGAGAGAAGAAAAUGAAUGAUACAGGACGAAAACAAAUAUUCCAAAGAUUCAGAGAAGUGGAAGACAAACAAAAUAUCAAGAUGAACAAGAAACAAAUGAACGGGAAGCUGCGAGUUAAAUUAAAGGAAGAAAAUAAAGCUAACAAUGAGAAACAAAGGAUAAAAAUACUGAAAAAUAAAAACAAUAAAAAAUAUAAAGGAACAAUUUUGCCUGCUCAAGAUGACAUAGACGGAGACCGGCGAAUAAAACUCUCGACCAAAACUGCCAAAAUCUAUCAAAAGCUAGCAGCUGAGAAACGCAAGAAAAUGACAAAUACUAAUAAAGAUCGAAAUGACAACUCUCCCAUGUACCAAGUGUCCCGCUGCAAGGCUACCCACAUCCUCGCCCUCAACCAGCCCAUCCUUUUCAACACCGAUGGGGAGAAAACCGCCAGAAAGUGUCGUGUCACCUUCAAGGGUCCUCCUGGUAGCACGCUGAAGGUGGUAUGUCCAGUUUUCAACCUGGCGGCCAAGGGCUGCGGGGCGGAGAAGCUGCACUUCAAGGAACCUGGAUUUAAGAAGAAGUUCUGUAAGAGGGAAGAGGUGUUGGUGGAGACAAAAGGCAACAUCUUGACCAUCCUACAUAGCAGGAAAAAACAUGACAAGAAACACUGUCCUGGCGUCUUCGUGUGCCAGGUGGUCGUCGCCACAGAAAAGUUUACAUCAUCUCGGCCGCCAGUGAUCAACACCACUAUUCCUUUCACAUCAACCUCCACCCUGAAUUCCUCCAGUGUGUCUCCAACAACCACUGGUCGGCCAUCCGUGACAAGCACAGCCAGUGAUCCUCCAUCGUCCACGACCCCUGACUUCCCCAAUAAGUCAUCAACAACCACUGAAAAGUUUACAUCAUCUCGGCCGCCAGUGAUCAACACCACUAUUCCUUUCACAUCAACCUCCACCCUGAAUUCCUCCAGUGUGUCUCCAACAACCACUGGUCGGCCAUCCGUGACAAGCACAGCCAGUGAUCCUCCAUCGUCCACGACCCCUGACUUCCCCAAUAAGUCAUCAACAACCACUGAAAAGUUUACAUCAUCUCGGCCGCCAGUGAUCAACACCACUAUUCCUUUCACAUCAACCUCCACCCUGAAUUCCUCCAGUGUGUCUCCAACAACCACUGAAACGACAACACAGGAGCCAAUGAUUUUCUCCUCGUUACCCUCAACUACAGUCACGUCACCAAUCAUUAUUACAAUAUAUAAAACAACAACCUUUGUGCCUCCAUCAACAACUACUAGCAUUUCUCUCUCCCCAGAAACUGUCAGAACAACAAUAAACGUUUCAAUCACUACAAUAUCUUCAACAACAGAAAUGAGUGUCCUUCCUGGACCUUUAUUUUGCCAUAGCUGCACACGCGGCCACAUCUCCCUGUCCAGGAUAAUCGGCGGCGAGAUAGUCGAUGUGGGAGAGUUCCCCUGGCAGGUGCGGUUGAAUAUUCAACCAGGCAUAAUGUGUUCAGGCACGCUAAUUGGACCCAGCUGGGUCCUCACGGCCGCUCACUGCUUCCCUGAUGGACGCCUGAUAGAGACGGAAGUGUCACUGGGAGACCACGACCUUGGGGUAGUAGAGCCCGGCAGUGUGGUCACCCGGGCGAAAAGCGUCGUCGUUCAUCAAGAGUUUGACUCAUUCAGCAUGAAUAACGACAUAGCGGUGUUGGAGUUACAAGAGCCCGUCACAUUCACAGACAGGAUCAAGCCCAUUUGUUUGGCCACCUUAGAGGAAACCCCUAAUAAUGGCUUAGCUGUCUCCUCGGGUUGGGGACACCAAUCUUAUGGGGGGUCGAAAUCUGAUAUAUUGCAGAAAGUAACACUGGAUGUGAUCACCAACGAGUACUGUGACACAUUGUACGCAGGGUUCUACGAGAUAACAGAAAACAUGAUCUGUACCUACACCCAGAACAAGGAUGCCUGUCAGGGAGACAGUGGUGGGCCACUGGUGGCGCAGAUAGGGGGUUACUGGAAACUGAUUGGGACGGUGAGCUUCGGGUACCGCUGUGCCUGGAAGGAAUCACCAGGCAUCUUCGCCAGAGUCGCCAAGUACAUUGACUGGAUCGCCAGCCACACCUAUAAGGAGACUUGUUAAUCUGCUUCAGUGCGAGCAGAGGGGUGGCGAACUUUCGUCACGAUCACCACCAGCACCCACAAUGAUUGUUCAUCGGCUCCUGAGUUCCACUGCCGACAGAAGGCUAGCAAACGUUUGUCUACCACAGUUCUCACACACACAACAUUUGUUAACUUCCCACUGUCUUGGCAUGGUUUCUAAACAAUUUGGUGUUUUUCCUUGUUCUCUGCAUAUACUUUGUGUGUGUCUGUGUAUG